CCUCAGCUCCCGCAUUCAAAGGCAAGCGGCCGAGGCGCUGGCGAAGCCGGGGACCUGCCUUUUUUCCAAUCUCUCUGUCGUCGGGCUUUGCAAGUUAACUUUGGGCGCGUGUGGAGAAAAGCCGGAUCCGGCAGCGUCCCUUCCCGCCUUCGCAAACAGUACAGCAGCAGCCCAUUGCUGCUGAGCCGCUCCGAGAGAAGCGUUGGUGCUGAGGCGCUUGGGCUUGCCCCCCCACACACAUUUUUGGGCGUCUUUCUUUGGUCCCCCCCUUCUCUCCUCCAGUAAUCUCGCGCACUAAGAGCAGCAUGAAAGGGGAGGCAGUACGUCUGGCGCUCAGCGCGGUGUUGCUCUGCUUGGCCGCUCGGGGCAGCCCGCCGCCGCAAGAAGAGGAACUGGUGGUGCCCGUGCGGCUGGAUUCUGUCGAGCGGCGGCGGCAGCACCAACACCAACAGCCCGGCUGGCGGCUGUACCGCCUGGACGCCUUUGGCGAGCGCCUCAGGUUGGAGCUGCAGCCCGACAGCAGUUUUUUGGUGCCGGACCUGACGCUACAAUACGUGGGCAGUCGCCCCCAAAGCAAGGAGGAAGAGGUGUCAGAGCAGCCCGUCGGCGGCGCAGACUUGGCCAGCUGCUUCUACUCCGGCACCGUCAACGGGGACCAGCUCUCCGCCGUCGCCCUCAGCCUCUGCGGAGGGCUCCGCGGGGCUUUCUACUUGCACGGCGUAGAGUACCUCAUCCAGCCGGCCAACGCUUCCCACCCCCAAGGAGACGAGCUGCUCCGGCUCCACGUCCUGCGGCGACGCCUGCGGAGAAGCCCCCACCCAGGCGGCAAGUCGAAGUGUGGGGUGACGGGCAUGAACUACCCCUCAGCGGCAGAAGGGCAGCAGCAUCAAGAGGCAGCGGCGGAGCACGCCAUGCGCGCAGGACACAGAAGCACAAGGAAGAAAAGAUUUGUAUCAAGCCCUCGCUAUGUGGAAACCUUGCUUGUAGCAGACCAAUCUAUGGCAGAGUUCCAUGGCAAUGGACUGAAACAUUAUCUGCUUACACUCCUAUCUGUGGCUGCCAAAUUGUAUAAGCAUCCCAGUAUCCGGAACUCUGUCAGUCUGGUGGUAGUGAAAAUAAUGGCCAUCUAUGAUGAGCAGAAGGGGCCUGAUGUAUCCUCAAAUGCUGCUCUUACCCUAAGAAAUUUCUGCAAUUGGCAAAAGCAACACAAUCCUCCCAGCGACCGGCAUGCUGAGCAUUAUGACACUGCAAUUCUUUUCACCAGACAGGAUCUCUGUGGUGCCAAGACAUGUGAUACUCUUGGGAUGGCUGAUGUGGGAACAGCUUGUGAUCCAAACCGCAGUUGCUCUGUCAUAGAAGAUGAUGGUUUGCAAGCUGCUUUUACUACUACUCAUGAAUUAGGCCAUGUAUUUAAUAUGCCCCAUGAUGAUGCAAAACAAUGUGCUGGUAUUAAUGGAAUAAGCAGGGACUCCCAUAUGAUGGCAUCUAUGCUUGCUAACUUGGAUCGAAGCCAGCCUUGGUCUCCAUGCAGUGCAUAUAUGAUUACUACAUUUUUGGAUAACGGUCAUGGUGAGUGUUUGCUGGACAAGCCUCACAAGCCUAUACAACUCCCUUCUGAUCUACCUGGAACACUGUACGAUGCAAAUAGGCAGUGCCAGUUCACAUUUGGAGAGGAUUCCAAGCAUUGCCCUGAUGCGGCCAGCACAUGCACAACUUUGUGGUGUACUGGCACUUCUGGUGGAUUACUCGUGUGCCAAACCAAACAUUUUCCUUGGGCAGACGGCACCAUUUGUGGAGAGGGGAAGUGGUGCAUGAAUGGCAAGUGUGUUAACAAGACAGACAAGAAGCAUUAUGAUACCCCUGUUCAUGGAGACUGGGGGUCAUGGCGACCCUGGGGAGAGUGUUCAAGGACGUGUGAUGGUGGAGUGCAGUACUCUGUGCGAGAGUGUGACAAUCCAGUUCCAAAGAAUGGAGGAAAAUACUGUGAAGGAAAGCGGGUGCAGUACAGGUCAUGUAAUAUUGAAGACUGUCCUGACAACAAUGGGAAAACCUUCAGGGAGGAACAGUGUGAGACUCACAAUGAUAUUUCCAAAUCUUUUGGAACUGGGCCUGCAGUGGAAUGGACACCCAAGUAUGCUGGAGUCUCUCCCAAAGACAGAUGCAAGCUUGUCUGCCUUGCAAAAGGCACUGGCUAUUUCUUUGUUUUUCAGCCUAAGGUGGUGGACGGAACCUUAUGUAGCCCAGAUUCCACUUCAGUCUGCGUCCAGGGGCAAUGUGUAAAAGCUGGAUGUGAUCGCAUCAUAGGCUCCAGUAAGAAGUUUGAUAAAUGUGGUGUCUGUGGAGGCAAUGGAUCUACCUGCAAGAAAGUGUCUGGAAUGCUUUCUAGUUCCAGACCCGGUUAUCAUGAUGUUGUUGUGAUCCCUGCUGGGGCAACAAACAUCGAAGUUAAACAACGAAAUAACAGGGGUACAAGACAAGAUGGUAGCUUUCUUGCUGUUAAAGCUGCUGACGGCACUUAUAUUCUCAACGGUGAUUAUACACUAUCUCCACUAGAGCAAGACAUUACCCAUAAAGGGAGUGUUUUGAGGUACAGUGGCACAUCUGCUUCUUUGGAAAGAAUUCGCAGCUUCAGCCCACUGAAGGAACCUUUAACAGUACAGGUCCUUACUGUGGGACCUAAAAUUAAUUCAUUUCAACCUAAAAUUAAAUAUACCUAUUUCAUAAAGAAAUCAGUCCAGUCAGAGUCUGAGAAGCCUUCCAGUAAAAAGUCUGAAUCUUUCAACGCAAUCAAGGAAACAAUUUUAUCUGAAUGGAUUUUUGAAGAAUGGGGAGAAUGUUCUAAGUCAUGUGGUACUGGUUGGCAGAGGAGAUCUGUAGAAUGUAGAGACCUGAAUGGACAGCCUGGCAGUGACUGUGCAAAAGAACUCAGGCCAAGUGAUGUUCGACCAUGUGCAGACAAACCAUGCCCACAGUGGCAGCUGGGAGACUGGUCACCAUGUUCUAAGACAUGUGGGAAUGGUUUCAAGAAGAGAUUAUUAAAAUGCCGUUCCUUUGAUGGCACCACAUUGUCACAUGAAAGUUGUGACAUUUCAAAGAAACCUAAACAUUUAACAGACAUUUGUAAUGUUACAAACUGCAGCUAAACCAUAACAGGUUGGGAAAGUUAACAGUUUUUCUUUUCUUUUCAGACCAAAGCACUGAAAAUGAACUAUGAGAGGUAGCAAUUGUAAUUUGCAUGGAAAAAUUCACAGUGGAUCCACUGAGAUGGGACAAUGCAAAUAAUGUUAGAUAGUAUUGAAUCAAAAAAAAAUCCUGUCAGCUGAAAAUCUGGUAAAACAACACCCUAGUUGCUAGCUAUUUCAUCUUCAGUAGGUAAAGCCCUGAGGCAUUACAACUUCCUUUUUUAAGUCUGUUACAAAUUAAAUAAAACAUAGGCAGUGGCCAAAGAAGUUCAAACAAACAUUUCAAUGUUUUAGUGAGAGUUUGGGGGGGGGUUGUUAAACUUCUAGAGUUUGUCUUGUGGUACAGAUAAAAUUGCUCUCUUGUUCAAAGUUAGAGAAGGAAGACAAUUUUAUUCUAUGCCUAAUUAUUGGUCAGCUCUUGCCUACCUCACAAAAGAAAAAAACAGUGUUUGAAAAAAAUGACUAUAUAGUUCAUGGCUGCUAUCAUUUAGUUAAGAGUUUUAUAUAACAGUAAAGUGAAAUUUUCACCAGGAAGAAAACAAGUACAAUGAUGGCUGCUUGUUAAAUAUCCUGAUAACCAGAAUGUAGUGCUCUUACACUUUGUUGAUUUAUUGAGAUCUUUUUUUCCGUGCAGCUGGUAUGCUCAGUCUACUGAGUUAGAAUGGUAGCAAUUCCAAGGCUACAUACCAUUCUUAAUGGGCCUGGACUGUGCUUGUGUGUGUGUGUGUCUGCUUGCUUCAUGCCCCCAUUUGUUCCAAGGACUCCAAGGAAACUCAACUUUAGCUAUGGAGCAUAUGCAUGUGCCUUGUUUCUUCAUGCAAAUGUAGUCCCAACUUGCUGCCAUUCGAGUUAUGGUAACAGUCACCACUUCGUUAAGGUACAGCUUCCACAUGCUGGUCAACAGUAACAUGCCUACAUGUGAUCUUCUACAAAUAAAGAAUGGAAUUUUAUGGAUAGAAAAUCUCAGUGCAUGGCACCCACCAAAUUUACAUUGUUUGAUUCAGUUGUAAGGCAGGGAAGACAGCUGAGGGAUAGCAGGUCCAUCCACAGCAAUAUGCCAAUACCCACAUAUUUAAAAGUAUGUGCUAAUGCUAUGAGAAAAUAUGGCUCUCCAUAUGUAUAUAGUAAAAUGUAUUACUAUAGGGGAUACAUACUUUAUAAGUAUUUAUAGUAUUUCCCUUCUGAGAAGGGUUAUAAUUGCUAAUAAAUGCAUAUAAUGAACCUAUUUAUUUUUAUAUUUCUUGUCUAAUAUGAUCUCCUAAGUUAUCACUUUUUUUAAAAAAAGGCAUAUAACAAGGAUAGAGUAUUUAUGCAAUAUAAUAUGAUAUUA